AAACAUAACCUAGAAAUUGUGUUUACCUUAAUAAUGUUUAUGUUUUCGUCACGUUUUUUUGAAAAAAUUACCCCUGGCAACCCAAAGACACCCUAGAAACGAUGUUUAAUCGAACCCCGGUGUAUUUGAGAAAAAAGUGACUUGGAAAAAUAAGAUUUUUCUAUCAUGACAGACUGGUUUUCCAAGUUACAAAAUGCCAAAAAAACUUGUCUUGUGGAGAAAAAUUUGAAAAAAGUCCACUAUGACUUUGGGGACGGUAAGGAACUGGUGGAGGAGUACGAUUUAACUACCAAUUGUAUCGUAAGAAGGGCCUGGAAGUGCAGUAAGGGCUUAAAAGACGAAGGGUCUUGGGAAAUUGAAGUGGGCGAUCCAGAGCCAGUGUAUAAUGCCGAAGAAAAGUGCAUGAUUAGAGAGAACGUUAAUCAGCCUUUUGUGACAAGAAGAAUUACAAAACUCAACCUGGAAUGGAGAAUCAGAAAUUUGCCAUACCCAAUUGAUGUUUAUUCGGUGUCCAUUGAUAAGGAAUCACAUUCUCUGAUAAUAAAGACUACAAAUAAGAAAUAUUACAAAAAGUUGCUUGUGACUGACUUGGAAAGGCUUGACAUAGAACUAGAGCAGGAAAGUGUGACAUUUUCCCAUAAGUUUAAUACACUUAUCAUAACGUAUAAAAAGCCAAAAAAACUUUUGGAAUUCGAGAGGGCUUUGAUGGAAGAAGUGAAAAAAGUGAAACCAAAGAGUUUUGGUGAAGGAGUAAAUGAGUGCAAGCCGAGCUAAUUUUAUAAAUUGCAUAGUAAUUAAACACAUGAUAAAAGAUAAAAAAAAA